AUGACCAACACAAAUCAAAAUUUUGCUUCCAAAAUUCCAUGUUACUCUUUUGAACACGUGCCCACACGUCUAGCCUCUGGAGGUGUUGGGCUCUUCAUUGAUGGAAACCUUAAAUACACAGUGCUUGAAAAGGAGUCGCAUGGAGCCUUUCAGGCAUCGUGGAUAGCAAUUUCUUUUAACAAACAGAACAAUGUCAUAUGCGGCAUCCUGGAUUGCCAACACAAUUCUCCGGAUUGUUUUAGUGGAUAUGUUAGUGAUACAACCCAAAAGGUAGCUUCCACGGGAAAAUCAAUCUAUUUAAUGAGCGACUUCAACGUAUGAUUGUUGAAGACAGAGAAAUUUCAAUACGGCUAGGAGUUCUUAUUCGCCUUACAGAGCAGUUAUCUCCUUCCAACGAUUGGCAAACCAACACGCAUGCACGGAAUGUCAGCCUCUCCUAUUGAUGAUAUUUUUGUCAAUAAUCCCGACCAAGUUUUAAUUAGUGGAAAUAUCAUCACUGACGUUUCUGAUCAUUUCUCCCAGUUUUGCAUUUUGACUUCAGGAAUAGAGAAAGUUGCUAACAAAACAACAAAGAAACGCGACUUCUCAGACAUCUCAGUUCGGUUUAGUAAUGAUCUGCCAAUAGCCGACUGGGAUAAUAUUAUAGUAUCAAAAGCAAAUGGCAAUGACGACCAAUUUUAAACUUUUUGUAGGCAAUCAAUUAAAGUCGUGCGAAAACAUGCGCCUUUAAAAAUUGCAUCAAGAGGUGAAAUUAAACAACUCGUAAAACCAUGGAUAACAAAGGGAAUGAGAACUUCAAUUAAAAUAAAAAAUAGGUUUUAUAAAAUAAUUCAAAUAGUACGCGCGCUCUGAUUGGCCAUAAAACCAUUUUACAUGAGCGUAUGUAAACACGGUUUUCGUUCCUCUUUCAUUAGUUACGCUUCGCGUCGUGGUUUCCUGCGCUUAUCUAGUGUUCUCCCAACCUCCCGCGUGUUUACAUCAGGCUAUGUAAACACGGAAACCAUUUUACAUUUCUUCAAUAUAAAACUGAAAACUGUAGCGAAUAUAAACCUUACAGAAAUAUAAUCAUCAUUCUUACGCGUUCAAGCAAAAAGCAAUAAUACUUUGAUUUUUUUAAUUAAAACGUAAAGAACAUGAAAAAAAAACAUGGUAAGGAACAAUGAAUUAUUAAACAACCGUAAAAAAUAUCAUAACACGAUAAUGACAUUAAAAGACCCAAAUAACAACAAUUAAGUUACUGAUACCAAAUAUUCUAAUGUCUAAAUACAAAAGAUGUAGACAUGCCGAGCUAAGGAGUCACUUAUUAUAGAAAUUCUGUAACGCUGACACAAUCUAAUGGAAAAAUGAUUCAUAAAUGUAUGUAUAUAUCAUACGUUAAACAUUAACGUAUUGAGUAAAGGACGUCGGUAGGUGACAGUGACGUUUGCCAAACGUAAUUUACAGAAAUGAAAAUAGUAGUAGUAACCCAUCAAACCGAAAAAAAUUUGGACCUACGACCGUACGAACGACCGUAAAAGGUACUACUUUUAGCAUGCACGGCCAACUGUACCAUGGGUACUAUCUUAGCCAUUACGUGCGUGCGUAAUUUGGAUACUGCGUGCGUAAUUUGGAUACUUGGAAACACCGGCAGACGACAAUAAAGUGCGCAUAUUCGAGUGUCGAGCGUCAGUGUAGCGUACUGCGGGUACACAGUUAGGCAUUGCACGGGGGCUUCACGUGGGCAAGUAGAUGUGAAGCUGCGUAAGCAAAUAAUUUGCAACCCACGUUUUGAGCGGGAAAUGAAAUUGGUGAGGUUGAAGUUGAACAGUAAUUCUCAGUAUUUUGCCAUUUCUAAGCAACUCGCAAAGCAACAAUACCGGCAGAGCUAAAGCUUUGUCAACGGGAGGAAAUUGUUAUAAUUCAAGUUUGUGGAGAGAGAGGGUUUUGAGUGAAAAUGAGAUGAAAAGAAAGAGACCGAGCGACCAAAAAAACAUGAAGUAAAAGACGUAAAGCGAGUCGAGAAACACGCGCAAGAAAGUUAGAGGGGACACCAAAAUAGGCAGAAUACGGCGAAAAAAAUGCGAAAGAGAACAAAAAAGACUUAAGUAUAAAGGCGAAUAUCUUGAGAGGAGCAACGCGAGAAGGAAGUACAAAGACGCUCCUUGGUAGAGGGAGAAUUUGCAUAAUGGCGGUAAGACGUGUGUUAUGCUACUCUUCGAUAUUUUAUCUUCUAAUGUGUCUUCUCAGCCUUCAUUUGAGCGGGAAAUCCUUUAACUCUGCUUCUAAAGGUAUUGGCUAUGACCUUACAACGUUGAUUGUGACCAGGGAUGUAUCGACGCCAAGGAUUGAAUCCAUCUUUUUACAUCCUAAGAAGUCACUCGCACUCAAAGUUAUUAUUAUUAUUGGCGACUCGCAUCUUGCGUUUUGCCCUUGCGGCAAAUCUUGUAAUUCUAUCCAACGGUGUCUCCUUAAAUCCAGGUCCUGCUGGACCUUUGCCGCAGGUUAUACCCAACAGCCUAAGUGAUGAGUCUUUCGCUUGAUGGAAGUACGCUGCCGAGUUCGUAUAGUGGUUUGUAUGACACCUUUGAUUCUUCGGUCGAAUUAGACCACUGCGAAUUGUAUCCUCUUUUUGAUCUUGGUUUGGAUGAUAAAGCUUUAAGGAUUGGUCACUGGAAUGUUAAUCGCUUAACUUCAACUAAGUUUGAAAAGAUCAAGCUUUUCCUUUCCGGAGAGUCUGGUAGACCUCAAGUUGACAUGCUUUUCUUAAACGAAAUAUUCUUAAAGCCUGAUAUUCCCGACUCAUUAUAUGCCGUUCCCGGAUUUACAAUUUAUCGCUGUGACAGAAUAUCGAAAUGUGAUGGCGGUGUAUUGGCCUUUGUCAAUCAAGAUCUGCGUGUGAAACGUAGAGCUGACUUGGAGAAUGCUCACUUAGAGAUUAUUUGGCUGGCGGUUUUCCCUUUCAAGUCAAAAAGGUCUCUGUCUAUUUCAGGAAUUUACCGUCCGCCUUUCGUACUCUUCGGCUGACGAUACUCGCUUAGAGGCAAACAUUGAACAGGCUUAUCUCCUAAACAAAGAAACGAUCUUACUGGGUGAUUUCAACAUCGACGCACUCAAUCGCUCAAAAUUUGAAAAACAACAUCUUUGCAAAGGUUUGAAGACUACGAAUUUUAAUCAGCUCAUAUAUGUACCAACACGACCAAUUAGCGGAACCUGUCUGGAUCGCAUUUUUUCCAAUCAGCCCCAAAGGAUACAGAGUAUCACUUGUCCAGUAAUUGGUCUUCUGAUCAUUAACCUUUGUUUGCAGCGAGAAAGUAUAACAAUGCACAUGAGCGUCGUAUCCGUAACGCGUCAAAGGGCAGCACCUUUAUUCGAUAUCGCAACAUGAAAAGAUUUGAUGAGGAACAAUUCAAGUUAACUCUUGAGCACACCCCCUGGGAUACUGUCUUUGUUUUUGACGAAAUCGACGAUAUGCUGGAAUCAUGGGAAAAUUUAUUUAAUAACGCGGUUGAUCAACAUUGUCCGUGGAGAAAUAAACGGGUUGCACUUGUCAACCAAACGCCUUGGAUGUCUAAUGCUAUUAUUGAUCAGCUAAGGCUGAGGGACACCUUGUUGAAAAGAUCUAAGCGCUCAAAUAAUCCUGACGAUUGGGCUGAAUACAAGAGGGCCAGGAAUAAAGCAGUCGGCAUGCUAAAGAGUGCUAAACGAAAGUAUUAUAUCAAAACUUAA